AUGCAUAGACAGAGUAGUGAGAGUAGUGUAGUGGCUCAGGAGCCCAGCUCCUGCUACGAGAAGGCCUUCACGGACCAUUAUUGUGUCCUGAAGAACAUUGGGGAGGGGAGCUUCGGGCAGGUGGUACUAGCCCGCCAUCGCCUGACCGGGUUAGAAGUGGCAGUGAAAGUCUUGUCCAAGACAGUGGAGAAAGAAGCAGUGCUAGCUGAGCGGAAUUGGUUGAUAGACCUGGAACACCCAUAUGUAAUCCAGCUCUUCCAAGUCAUCGAGACCGACCAAAAUAUGUACCUCAUCAUGGAGCACGCAAGUGGGGGACAGCUGCGACGUUACAUCCCGCACGCCGGUGGCCUACCAGAGGACCAGGUUCGCAGUGUGUUCAGGGAGAUGGUGCAUGUCGUGCAUUACUGCCAUGAGAAAGGGGUUGCACACCUGGACCUGAAGCCUGAGAACUUCGUGCUGGAUGUCAAGGGUCACCUGAAGCUUAUCGACUUUGGUCUGAGCAUGAGCUUCACACCUGGGCAGAAGCUGACUGGGUUCAGGGGCACUCUCCUGUACAGCGCUCCUGAAAUGGUUAAGGGUAAGGGAUUCGAGGGACCCCCUGCUGACGUCUGGAGCUUGGGUGUCUCCUUGUAUUUUAUGCUUUCAGGGACAAGGCCAUUUAAGAUGAGCACUACUGAGGGGCUGAAGAAGCGAAUCUUGGAGGUAAGCUACAGCAUUCCCCCGCACGUGUCGGAGGAAGCCAGCGACCUCAUCCAGCAAAUCCUAACGCUGGACCCCAAACAAAGGCCUACUCUAGAGCAGAUUCUGAGGCACCCAUGGCUGACCCAGGAUGAGCACUUCUCACCCAGGCUUCCCAGCCAGCUACUCCCGGAGCGGCCUGACCCAAACAUUCUGACCAUAAUGCUUGACAUGGGUUACAACCCUUAUAAAGUCUGGUUGUCCCUGGCCAAUCGCCAAUUCGAUGACGCCAUGGGUACCUACCUUCUCCUCCAGCACCAGAAAAGCCAGAAGCCAGACUACGUGCUUGAGGCAAAGCCUGUGCGUCCUGGUGGUCGCCAUCAGACGGCUGGGUCUUCCCCAGGGCCCCCUGCGGAUCCUCCCCUGGUCCGCCCCAACAAAUGCAAUAGUGAGCCCGCCCUGGCCUUGCCCUGUGAGCAGCAGCCUGAGAAGGCCCAGCUAUCAAGGCAGAAGCCUGCAUGUGCCAGCGCACCUGUCCUUCCUCUCCACAUGAAGACACCCCUUUCCAGCCGACCCCCCCAGAAGAAACCUGCGACCCAAUGGCGUGUGUACCUUCGGCCCAAACCUCGUAGGGGAGUAGAAGGUGACAGCACAGCCUUCGCAGGGCAAGCCCAUCAGAGAAACAGGGGCUGGAGGGGGAUCACUAGGAGGAUUGUCAACUCCCUUCAAAAAUUGUGCUGCUGCAUGCCGUGCUUCCGCCAAAGCAACGCUCCAGUGAACCCAGGUCACAGACGCCCUAGGUUCCGCAACAGAGUGGCUCAAGCAGAUAUGCCCAGGUGA